CACGGAGGGGGGGUCCCGGGGGAGCGCAGAGCCCCCGCCGCCGCCGCGCCGCCGCCCCCCGGAGCCGACGUGGGGCAGCUCCGAAAGGCCAAAACCUCCCGACGGAACGCGUGGGGGAACCUCUCGUACGCCGACCUCAUCACCAAAGCCAUCGAGAGCGCCCCGGAGAAGCGGCUCACGCUCUCGCAGAUCUACGACUGGAUGGUGCGCUACGUCCCUUACUUUAAGGAUAAAGGAGACAGCAACAGCUCCGCCGGAUGGAAGAACUCCAUCCGGCACAACCUCUCCUUGCACACCCGCUUCAUCCGCGUGCAGAACGAGGGCACGGGGAAGAGCUCCUGGUGGAUGCUGAACCCCGAGGGUGGCAAGACGGGCAAGACGCCGCGCCGGCGGGCGGUCUCCAUGGACAACAACAGCAAGUUCCUGCGCAUCAAAGGCAAGGCCAGCAAGAAGAAGCAGCUGCAGGUGACGCCGGAGCGUGGGGACGACAGCCCGAGCUCGCAGCAGGCCAAGUGGUCGGAGAGCCCCGCGUCCCACGCCAGCGAUGAGUACGACGCUUGGGCGGACUUCAGGACCAGAGCUGGCUCCUCGGCCAGCACGCUGAGUGGGCGCCUCUCGCCCAUCAUGGCCAACCGUGAGCCCGACGAGCUGGAGGAGGACGAUGGCACGCCGUCCUCCCCGCUGAUGUACCCCAGCCCCUCCAGCACCGUGUCCCCCUCGCUGAGCGCCCGCUGCUCCGUCGAGCUGCCUCGACUCACUGACCUGACCGGUACCAUCAGCCUGGGGGAGAGCCUGGGGGAGAGCCUGCUGGAGGACCUGCAGGACGGCUACAGCAUGAGCCCCUCGCAGCCGCUGCCCCUGCGCCAACGCAGCUCCAGCUUUUCCUUCAACUCCAAGUGCUCCAGCAUGGGGCCGGCUGCCAACACGUACUGUGGGACCAUCUACAGCCAGCCGGCGAUGGGGCUGAUGCGGCGCCUGCCCAUGCAGACCAUCCAGGAGAACAAGCAGGCCACCUUCUCGCCCGCCGCCUCCUACCGGAACGCCUCCUCGCUGCAGGAUCUGCUCUCCUCCAUCUCCUACGCGCACAAAGAGAGCAUGGUGCCGGGGGAUCUGCCCCCUCCACCGCCCGGCCCUGCGGUGCCGUCCCGCGGCCACAGACAGAGCCCACUGCUGUGCGGGGAGCAGGGCAUGGCCUACCCAGCCCACCCGGCCCCGCUGUUGAAGGGCAGUGCUCUGUACCACCCACCGCCCGCCGGCCACCACCCCGCUCUCAAUGCCAGUGCCUUAGCCAACCCCGUCAGCCUUAUGAGCCUGCCCGGUGACACAUGCGGCGCAACGGCCAUGCCGCACCACGGGCACCUGCACCCUUACGCUGCCAACCAAGGGGCGCACAUGAGCCUGCUGGAUUCGCCCUACGUGGGGGCUGUCCACCCCCCGGUGUUGGGUCAGGACAGGUUUCCAGCAGACCUGGACCUGGACAUGUUCAAUGGGAGCCUGGAGUGCGACGUGGAGUCCAUCAUCCUGAAUGACUUCAUGGACAGCGAUGAGAUGGACUUCAACUUUGACUCAGCACUCCCGCCGCAGAACGCGCUCAAUGUGCCCACGCUGCCUGGUGGCCCGCAGCCCACGAACCAGAGCUGGGUGCCCGGGUGACCCCCGCCUGGCGCCCGCCUCCGGGAUGUCACCAGGGGAACGCUGAGACAAACUUCUUUUUUUUUCCUUUCUCUUCUGCCUUUAUUUGUUAAGAUGGGCUAGAGCCAUCGGGUCAAACUUGUGAUGAAACACAAACCUUAGGGUCCUGGAUGGAGAUGGGGUGGGCGCUGGGGGCAGGCAGGAAGGGCAGCAGAAAGGGAACCCCUCCCCAGAGGGUCCGAGCACUAGUUUCAGCUUGGCCUGUCCUUGCGCCGGUGGCCCUCGGGCCGGGUGGAGGAGCAGGGACAGCUGGUGAUGUGGAGACUUGCUCUGUGCGUACUGCUUUCUGGAAUGGGGAACACUUUGCUUGGAGACACCUUAGAAAGUGAGUCCUCCAAGCAGCAGUGCCAGUAGAAGGGAGCCUGCCCCAGGCUGGGGGCUUCAUCACCUCCAAAACCCUUAUGGGACCUGAGCUCUGCGCAUGCGCCCAGGUCCUUCUGCUUGGUGCAGGGGCCAAGCAAGAAGGGCUGGUGAUGGAGGGAAGGGUGCAACAGCACGUGUGCACUGUGUGUGCCAGCAGUCGUGCUGCAGUGCUGUGAUCGUGCUGCAGUGCCCUGGUCACACUGCAGUGCUGUGCACACAUUGCUGUGGUCACACUGCGGUGCUGUGGUCACAGUGAUGGCCAUGCUGCAGUGCCACAGCCACACUGCAGUGUCACAGCCACGCUGCAGUGCCAUGAUCACAGUCUGUGUCAUGUUUCUGUUGCAGUGCCGUGGUCACUCUGCAGUGCCAUGGGCAGUCUGGCUGGCGGCUCUGUGUGCGGUGCUGGCGCUGCCUGCCUGGUGUGGGCUGUGCUGUGGUGUCAGUGCUGGAGCUGGGUGCCCUGUGCAUGAGCCGGGGGCAGUCCCAGGGUUGGGGAGGGGGGGUGUAUUUAUUUGAUUUCAUGCACUCUUUUGCCAUUGAGUUCUUGCGUUGGAAGGAAGGGUCGAGCUUGGGGAGGGGAGGAGGAGGCCACAGCAGUGCUUGUGCAGCACAGAGCUGCGUCCACCACCUGUCCCAGUGGGGCUGGGUGCUGGGACCGACAGCAGGAGCUGGGGGCUGCAGUGGGGGUUGCUCUGGGCAUCCAUGGGAUGCAGCAGGGCUCCUUCUGCUGAGCCUGCACGUUGUCUCAGCUCAGCUCUUCCCUGCUGGCUCCAGCAUUGCCUCCUCACCGUGCUGCUGGUUCCGCUUGGUGGUCCCACUGGGGCCCAUGGGUGGGCACCCUCUGUGCCUCCCCCAGCUCUGGGUUUGGCAGAGCAGUGCCACCAUUCACCUCUGGCCCGGGCACGUGGCGGGCGUAGUCUCUAAAGACAUUCUUACAGGUUAAUUAAUUAUGUUUACAUUAUUUGAUCAUGUACAGAAUUUAAUAUAUUCUAUUAUAUAUAAUCUUUCUCGAAUGCUUUUUUUAAAAAAAAGGAUUAUUCUUUGGGUCAGGAUCAUCCGUUUUUGUACCACCACCUCUUGUUUCAGGCACGUUUCAGUCAUUGGAAACCGAUUGCAAUCGCAGUGCAAUCCCUGCCCCCCCCCCCCCCCCAGCUCUGCACGUGGAGAGGUGGGGAGGGCAAUGGAGAAAGGGGGGGGGUCCUGCCCUGUGUGCCCCCCAAGUGGCGGUUCUGUAGGCACAGCCAGCAGCUCACCAGCACCCGGCACACAGACGGGGAUGCCCCAUGUACAGGGACCCUCUGAAGCCCCCGAAGGAUGAGAAAAGCCCCCGGCCCCGCUCGCACCCCCCGGGGGGGGGGGGGGGUCCCGUCGCGAAGCUGUCUUUGUGGUUCGUGACCGUGGGGUUGUCGUGUGUGCGGUGGAGUCGUGUUGGUUAAGCGUCGUGUGUACAGUGGUCGUGAGGUGCGAGGGAUGGAGCGCAGCGGGGGCUGAGCCCCCCCCAAAAACAGCCCGGGAGAGUCAGGCAGGAGCCGGGGGGGCUCUGGGUGGGAUGGGGAAUGGGGAAGGCUGGAGCUGGGCGUGUGGCACAUGGCUGUGCCCAUAGGGUGCUCCCAUCGCCCCGUGCCCACACUGCUGGCUUUCCAUCUCUGCAAACAGUUCCCAGAACGCUGCCCACCCCACCCCAACCUCCCCCCUGACCCCCGCCCCACAGCCUGCAGCUCUGCACCCACCGAGCCAGGGGACGCUGAGGGGUCCCACCAGCUUUCUUCAUCCAGUGGCUUCGGUCCAUCCUUUCCCUCGUAUUUAUAACUGUACAGACUGGGGGGGAGGGUCUCUGACAGGCGUCAUCUCUCACCACGCAUCUAUCGUAUGGCAAUGGUAACUUUCUUGGUUGUGCUAUUAGAGUUUGUGUAUGUGGCAAUGUAAAGAACUGUGUAUAGUGCAUUGUACAGCAUAUUUUCAUGAAUAAAACUGUUUUAAAUAUGA